AUGAUUUCAACUGAAUGUUCAUCAAGAUUAUUCACACUUGAUCUACAAUUGAAAUUGAUCCUCAAUUCAAAUAGCUCAUUUUUAUUUUGUACAGGUUCACUGUCUCAAUCACAAUUGGCAGCAGCAGCAGCGGUUGGUGCAUCAUCAACUACCACCUCACCAAAUACCGCUCUAAGAAAGAAAUAUCUAGAUCUGAUAGAGUAUGGCAAUAAGCAUUAUGAAACAACAACACAGAAUCUCUAUCAACUACGAAAAACAAUCUUGUUGGAAGGCUUACCUCCCGAAACUGAAGAAGAAAUUGAAGAUAGAAGAAAAGAUAGUCCGAGAUGUAGUUUAAGAGGAUUGGUUUGGAAGAUACUUUUAGGUAUAAAAGAAUGCGAUGCAGAGAAAUAUAUCGAAUUACUCAAGUUGGGUUCAUCCGAUCAAUAUCAAAAGAUUAGAAAAGACAUCAGUAGAACAUUUAUGAAGGAUGCACUCUUUUGUCAAGCGGUAUCUCAAGACAAACUAUCGAGAUGUCUUAAUGCCUUUGUACAUAUGACUUCAGAGAUUAAAUCAAAUUUAAAUUAUGUUCAAGGAAUGAAUGCUAUAUGUGGUGCAUUCUUGUAUGUUUUACCAGAGUUGGAUGCAUUCUAUUGUUUUCAACAAUUGGUGUUACAUUACUGUCAUUUGUAUUUAGUACCAAAGAUUAGCGGGGUUCAUACAGCUCUUAAUAUUUUAGAUACUAUUUUAGAAUUUGUUGAUCCAGAACUUUAUGGAUAUUUAAAAACUAGAAGCUAUGAUCCUGUAUUAUUAACUCAUGCAAUUCUAAGUUUAGGUACAAGUACACCACCGCUCGGAGAACUUCUACACCUUUGGGAUUUCUAUUUUGCAUUUGGUAUUCACUUAAAUGUAAUAUGUACGAUUGCACAAUUGUUACUGAUGAGAGACACACUAUUGGCACACCCAUCUCCUUGCUCAUUGUUUAGAUCACUACCAGAGUUGGAUUCUGAAACAAUCAUCAACCUUUCCAUUCACAUUGUACGUCAACUACCAGACGAUCUCUAUGACCUUUUAGUUGACCAUCCCAUUGCAGACAUUAGUUCUCAAGACGAAUUUGUAUAA